GUGUACUUUAACCUCUGUUACUGUUAGCCAAUGUAGACAAGAUCUAGCUAGGUCUAUAAAGUAUAAAGUUGCCGGCUUUUAAGCAAUUUGGUUCACUGGUGUAGCUAGAUCUAGAUUAUUCUAGAUAUAAAUCUAUCAUCUAAUUUCUCAAUUGUUAAACUGUUAAAGUACUAGAUCUAGUUACCAAAUCUAUAUAACUAGUAGAGUCAGAGUCUACAUUAUACAUUCUACAAUGUCUGAACUGGAAAAGACAUUUAAACAAGCAGCUGAAGAAGUGACCAAAUUAACCAGAGAACCCUCAAAUGAUGAAAAAUUAGCUAUAUAUGGCUUAUUUAAACAAGGCACAGUUGGUGAUUGCAAUAUAGAUAGACCAGGAUUAUUUGACCUAAAAGGUAAAGCAAAGUGGGAUGCUUGGAAUGCAUUAAAAGGAAAAUCCAAAGAAGAUGCCAUGAAAGAUUACAUAGCAAAGGUGGAAGAGUUGAAGAAGACUUAUUCAUAAAUGAAAUGUCCAUGACAUGCACACAUUGCUGUUAGAUUUGGACAAACAAUCUGUUUGUUUUUUUAAUUUUUUAAGAAUCGACAUUUUAACUAUACCGAUGCUUUUUAAUUUGCUUCUUUAGAAAAAUAAAUGAUAUGUUUUAGUUUUGUUUUCAAAUUCAUUAACACACUGAUAGAUUUUUAAAAAAUGCACCAUAACUCUUAUUUAGUUCUAAGUAAAAAAGACAAAAAUACCAAAACGAAAUUACCAAAACUUGCUUUUGCCACAAGCAACUAUUAAAAAGGUGACAGCAAUAGCUAAUUGCUUCAACAUGUUCAAGUCAAAACCGGAAUGUGUACUGACCUGCUUUUGUAGGCCAAACAAUUUGAAAACCCUGGUAUGGUGUAAGAUUGAAUGGGUUUAUUGAAUUCUUUGGACGUAUGUUAUACACGUGUUGCAGGUCGUAUUAAGACUGAAUGCCAUGUUGAAGUAAUGUUUUAUUCUUUUUGUUGUUGUUAUCAAAUUUGAAAUAUUUGUCAAAUGUUUUGUGCAGCGCCCAAAUAUAUAUAUAUCAAUAAUUUUUAAUUAAAAUUUUUAUUUUUCUGAAA